UUCGGUGUACAUAGCUUAAUCUCAAGGCACGGCGCACGGUCGCGCAGCUAGGUCUCAUCUCAUCUCACCAGCGAGAAAUUGCAUGCACCUGUCGUGGCUAUCCGUCUGCAGGGUGUCCCAUACCCGUCAGCUGAUCAUCAUUUCCACCAGCAGCGUGCGACGAAGCCACAUGUUGCUGCAGCGCCAGAACAGGCGGCGGCGUCGCCCGCGGUCGGCGGAAUGAUCACCAGCAAACAGAGCACACCAGCUCACACUCAUGCUGUCCCUUCCGAUCGAACUAACAAAUAAGGGACUACACCGGAUGCAUCGCGCCAGCCAUCACACAAGACACGGCAACAUUUCAUUGGUGAACAAAUCAGCAGCAGGAGGCAGCUGUGCGGCAGGGAUGGCCUCGCCCGCCCUGUCAGUCACGAUCUCGUGUUCAGCCAGGAACUGCAAGAGCUCCUGCCACCUCUCCUCCUCCAUGCGGCCCCACCCACCGUCGGCUGUCAGGUAGCUGCCCGUGAUGGCGUCCUGGGAGGCCGCUACGAAUGCAGUGUCGGCCAGUGAGGCGUGCCGGGCCGUCUCGCACAAAAGCUUGGCCGCCUCUUGCCUGCAUCAUGGGGGGGAGGCAGAGAAACGACCCGUGUAUCCACCCGAUGCAUCGAUGGGUUGUGUACCUGUUGGUUUCUGCGAACGCAUAUCCCCGUGCAGUGGCCUUGAGGAAGCUCUUGACUGAUGCGGCAAAUGCAGCAUCCUUCAGCUUGUCGCCCCGACACAGCAGCACUGAACAAACCACAGCCAAAAAUCUUGGAAACCAGGUGUGUGUGUGUCCGUCAUGUGUACCUGGGCUGUAGCCGUAGGGGACGGCAUAGUCCUCAAGCUUGAAGUACGUCAGCUCACUGCCAAGCCUGACGGAUGAACACCAGACAGACAUGCCACGCAAGUACAUGUGCGUAUUGCUUGUGUGCAGCUGCCUUGCUAGGGUGAGCAGUCCAUACCUUUCUGCGAGCACGCCCUCCCAGUGGGUGAAGAUCCAGGUAGCGUCAGCCUUGGAGGCGCGAAGCAUCGACUCGACCACAGAGGAGGCCUUCAUCGUCUGACACACAGGCCAAACAGACACAUGGAUGGGUGGAGGGAUGGGGGAAGGGAUGGAUGAAGCGAGUCACCUCUUGGUCUUGGUAGCCGUGGAAGUUGAGCAGCUUCUCUUCAACAUCGCCCCUCCCACCAUCAUUCCUCACCAUCUGACCCACAAGGCAGACCAACAACACUCACUCACUCACUCACUUAUGUGUGCAUCUCUUUCCCUCCCUCCCUCCCUCCCUCCCUCCCUCCCUCACCUGUUUGACGAUGCCCAUCUCGAAGCGGCCCUCGUAGGAUGCGUAUGCCUUGCCAUCAAGGUCGCGGGGCCUCGAUAUGCCACUGGCCUUCAUCGUCACGAUGGCUGACGUCGACUUCUGCAGGAGCGCUGCAACCGCCACCAGCCUGGGCUUUGACGGUUCGGUCGUGUGGAAGCUGCAUACAUACACAUGUGCAUUGCACACGUGGUCGUGCCAGGCAGGGUCCUUGUGAUGCAUGUUUCCCUCUGACCUGAUGGCGCUUUCGCUCGGCGUCACUGCAAAGUCCGCCUCGCCUGCCGCCACCUGGGAAUGCGCACACACACUACACUCAUGAACAGGCGCACACAGGGGCUGACAACCAAAGGGAGAUCUUGACCUUUCGUGCUGGGGUGAGCUUCGCCUGACUGGGCUCCGAUGGCGCCUCACUGCCUUGUGUGGAGGGCUCAUCGGGCGAGAUGCACACGACAUCCAGGCCCUCCUCCUUGUACCUGUGAGGUGUACACACAGAUCUUCGUGUAUGCAAUGCUGAACGGUACUAUCCUCCUUACACACCAGCUUUUCGCGAUGGCAACGUAGAUGCCCGUGUGGUUGGUGUUUGGCGUCCAGUCAAGGGCAAUACGCAGCUGUUGCAUCACGACGGGCAGUCCUAGACCCCAGCGAGGUCUUAG